AUGCGUCCAUCCCCGUUGCGCCGCUAUUUCUUGUUUCAGGGAUCAACGGACUCGACACAAACCCUGAACGCAAACAAGGCGGGAGCCAUUUUCGUUUUCUUCGCGUGCAGCUUUCUCGGCGUAUGGCUUCCCUACUUCAUUCCGGUCCACCAGCUCAUUCUCAAGUUUGGAAUUCUCUUCUCUACCGGUCUCUUCAUCGGCAUGUCUCUUCUCUAUCUCGCAGUGGAGACAUUUGAGGAGAUGGAAGAGCUCGCUGGAAAAGAUUAUCCUUACGGAAUGCUGGUCAUUGUGAUGGGUAUCUACCUCACAUGGCUCUGUGACCUGAUUGUGAAGACCAUUUGGCGGAAGAGAUCCGGCGGAUCCUUCGAAGAGAAGGAAGAGGAUUUGGGUCCAACAGUUGCUGGCGCCAUGGGUGCUGGCCAGACCAAGGUGGUCGACGCAGACUCGGAAAAUCAGAAGCAAAUCGACGUCCAGGCGCUUUCAAUUGUUGACGUCGUCGUGGUGCUCUUUGCUCUCUGCUUCCACGCCUUCUUCGAGGGCAUGGCAGUAGGGCUCUCUUCUACGGUUCAGAGAGUCUGGACCAUGACUGCUCAAAUCAGCGUCAACGAG